CCUUCUUUCCGCUCCCCUUCCUCCGCGCCUCAAGCGCCGCCCUCCUCAGCCCGAACCCGACCUCGAUCACCUACGCUAUCUCGAUCUCCCUUCCUCUUCUUCCGAUGAAGAACCACAAGGUAACCUAAUGUAUAAUUCUACUAUUCGUUUUGCUUUCUAGUUCCUUCUAUUUGAUAUUAUCUAAAUACGGUUUCCUUUUGAUUUGUACUGUAUUAGUUGUUGAGUUUUUUUUUUUUCUCAACGAGAAGCUCUCAAAAGUAUAUGACUGGUAGUUUUAUUUUGAUGAUGUUUUCUUCGAGCUUAUUUUAUGUUCUGUUGCUGGAGAGAAAUUGUGGUUCUCAUUCGUUAGAGGCUAUAGUGAGAAAAAAAGUCAAUCAAAUGCAAGUUGGUGGAAGUCCUUAGAAAACCUUAGAUUGAAAUUUUGGUUUUCCAUAGAGCUCAUGGUUUAAGAUAAAGCUUUUUGGUUUUUGAGGGCUUUAGCUAGAAUGUUUCCUUGCCUGCAUAGCUUUGUACCUUCUAUUGUAGUACCGAGGUUUUUAAAUUUUGUGUUGUGACAUAUUGGAUUGUAGGCUAUAAAGUACCAUACUUCAAUUUGCUUUACUCAAAUACCGAUAGUCUUGUCUAUUUAAUCUGAUAGGUAUCGAUGAAGUAUCCAACCUAUUAAAUAUCAAUAAUUCAUUUUUUUCCAUAGAUACUUAUGCUUUUGGAUACUUCUUGGAUUUGUAUAAUCUUUAAACCAUUUUAUGAAAAUCCACUGCAGCUAUAUGAAACAUAUAAGUAUGCACAGUAAUAUACAAACAUAAAAAAUAUUAUCAAAAACAUAAUUUUUUCUAUAUAAAAGGAAUGAGAUAUAUGAAAUACUGAAUUUGACUUUGACAUCGAUAUGGCCAACAAUGGUUUAUAAUUUAUUUAUUUAUUUUAGUAAUAUCCCAAACGUAUAUUUUUAAAUUGGAUUUGCUGAAUUGUAAUUAUAUAUAUACUGUCUUGAAUUUUACACUACUCCAGAAAAUGUAUCUUCUUAAGUAUGUCGCAUCUUAUUUAUUUAAGAAUAGUUGUUUCGCCGAAUGUUUACAUAUCUGAUAUGCAUAUAGUAUCUAAAAUAUGUUUUAAACAAAUAAGGUAUAAGUUUUUCAAUCUGUUAUCAUCUUUCAGACACAUUGAUAUAUUUGGUUGGACAUGGCAUUUAGUUGAGGCAACUAGGUGAUGGUGCAUUGUUGGCUACAAGUCAAAUGUUUUUCAGUCGAUGUUGGAAACUUGGAACAAGAUUUUAUUUUCCAACUUCCACCUGAGACUAUGUUGAGUGUUUUUAUUUUUUGUGCAACCACAAUGUCACAUUUGCAGGAUGGAAUGUAAUUUGCUACGGUUCCUGUGUCAGAAUACAAGUAAGGAUGUUUUACCUGGCUUCAAUUUACCUUUGGCUUCUUCUGUGUUGCAAUUACUGUUUUAUUUGGAUGAUAUUGUUGCUUUUUGAUAAUUAUAUUGAAUUCUGAUGUCGGAUGUCACCUUUAUGUUUGUUUAGAUAAUGGUUCAGAUCCAGUAAGUUCGGCUGGCUUUCAUGCUGUUGCCUUUUCAUAUGGAAAUACUAAUGCUUCCAUGGAGACAAAGGACGAUAAUGAUGAGUCUAGUUUUCGUCCAAACUUCCCAAUACCAGAGAGUCUACUCCAUAAUCUGAUGCUCGGAGCAUGAAUGGAGUUCUUGUGACUCAAGGUAGCCAUUCACAGGCACCUUUUUUUCCUUUUGAUGUCAUGAGAAGGGGCCGUGCAGGUGGGAUUAGGAUGAUUGAAAUUUGUUGAUUCCUUAUCUCUUGAGAGCAAAUGGGAUGAUACUUGUCUACAUAAAGUUCCUUUUCUUGAUCUUUAUCAUUAUCCAACUAUAUUUGAAGUUGUCACGUGUUUGUUUAGUAAGAUACAAGUAUCUUAAUAUUCUGCUUGGCAAGGCCCUUUCUAAGUUUAUACUUAUGCUAAUUUUGAAAUUUGAAUUUAUUGAUUAAGAAACAUUUGUUGUUUGUUGUUCUUUUCCAGCCUCCAAAUGAGAAAGUACAUCAGAUUAUUUCAAGGACUGCAAUGUUUGUCUGCAAACAUGGAAGUCAGUCAGAAAUCCUUCUUAGGGUGAAACAAGGAGAUAAUCCAACCUUCGGAUUCCUGAUGCCUGAUCAUCAUCUUCAUGCAUAUUUUAGAUUUCUUAUUGAUCACAAAGAACUUUUGAAAGCUGAUAAAGAUGAUGGCAGCUCAACUGAGGACAUCAAUAAGACUCAGGGAGGUGAUCAAAUGGGUGGUGCAUUGUCUUUGCUUGGAUCUGUCUAUGGAUCCGGAGAGGAUGAGGAUGGUACAUCUGAGAACACUUGUGACUUUGGGAAAAAAGAAUUCGGGGGAGCUAUUGAUGCUGUUAGUACUUUUACUUCUCCUGGAGUAGAGCCGGCAGAAUCUUGUUCAGAUGUGGCCAAGAAGGAUGGAAGCGUUUCUAAAAACCCAAUACCUUUGAAAGAAAAAGUUCCAGUCAUAAAGCGGAAUCAUUCUAUCAGUACUGUUAAGACUGCAACCACAGUUAAAGCAAAAUCAGGUGAUGGCUUGGAUUCAAUGUCUAAUAAUACACAGAACAAGUCGCAGACUUCUUUCCCCAGUACUGCAGCUAAGAUUGAACUGCCUGUUGUUGAACCUCCAUCUGAAUUAAAGAGAGCUAUAGAGAAGAUAGUUGAGUUCAUCCUAAAAAACGGAAAACAAUUUGAGGCUGUUCUUGAAGAACAGGAUCGUCCUCAUGGAAGGUUCCCCUUUCUUGUGCCAUCUAAUAGAUAUCAUACUUACUAUCUAAAAGUUCUUCAGACUGUUGAACAGUCUAAGUUACGAGGCAAGGGCCACCAGAAGCACAAUCCAGCAGGUCGAGCGGUGGACAAUAAUUCUGCUGUACAUGAUGAAAGUGACAAUGUUCAUGAAUCUAUGGCUUCUGAUCUACCAAAUGAUAUGGACCGAAAAGAAAAGUUCAAGAUGACUAUUGGCAAGUCAAAGAAGGAUGGUCAAGAUCCAAUUCCCAAAGACCAAGCUCAAAACACAGUUAGCAUGGAUGCAGCUGCGACAGCAGCUAUUCUUCAGGCUGCCACUAGGGGUAUUAAAAACCCUAACUUAGAACUUUUUAGCAAGACAUCAAGUGGUAGUGGUCAGGGUCUUGGAAGUGAUGGUGGGUAUUUAUCUAGCUCUGGGACUGGGAGCCUGUAUUCAUCUCAACCACAAGCUCUUGUUGAAAAUCCAAACUUGAUUGCAAAGACUAGGGCUUCUGCCCCUGUUGCCAAGGCAAUUGCGGAAAAGAUAGCUAUUGCAACAGCAGGUGAAGCGGACUCCUCCGAAGCACAUAUGACUAAAGAGCAAAAGAUUAAAGCAGAGAGAUUGAAACGAGCAAAGAUGUUCGCAGCCAUGCUAAAAAGCGGUGUUGGAGCAAGUGAAUUGCCACGAGCUUUGUCAGUGGAGCCACUUGGCUCUGGCCUUUCCGGUUCAGAUGCUGAGACUGGGAAUCUUAUGGGUAAAGAAAGGGAAGGAAGCUCCGUUCCAUUUGACGUCGAAAAUUCAGAUAAAAGUCAAAAUUCUGGGAAGCUUUCUGUUGAUAAUUCAGAUAAAAGUCAGAAGACUGAGGAGAAACUUGCUGGUGAUAAUGAACGCCGUUCAAAAAGAAAGUACCGUUCAAGACAUAGUAGACAUGAAGGGGAGGAAGAAGACGAGAAGAAAGAAGAAGACCAAGAAGAUAAAAGACGUCAUAAACGAUCAGGAAAAAGACAUCGAUCUUCACACCACAGUCGAGACAGACAUAAGCACAAGAGAAGACAAUCCUCUUCGAAAGACGGGCAUUCUUACAGGGGGAUCGAGCAUGACAGUUCCUCGGAUGAUGAACAUCAACGUUCAAGGCGUCGUCAUAACUACGAUAGUUCUUCUGAUGAAGAACACCAUAAGCGUAGACAUUCUCGCCGUUCUAGUAAACAUUAUAGUUCGUCUGAUGAUGAGCACAGGCACCGAAGCAGAAGUGUAAAGCGUGGGAGCAGAUCCCGUGGUGACAGAGAAACAGAGGUGGAGGAGGGAGAGAUAAUUAUGAAAUUGGAGAAGUCAGCGGUUGGGCGUGGUAGCAGGGAGGCAUCUGCUGGAUUAUCUAAUGCAAGGGCUUCGUCUCAAUCACCUGAUGUAACUGAUGUUCCUGAUGAGCUCAGAGCCAAAAUUCGAGCCAUGUUAAUGGCUAACUUGUAAAACUUCUGUACAUUGUAUUACUUACUCUUCUUCCUCACAACGUAGCCAUUGUUCCCUAACUUAAACUAAAUUAACAAAACCAAUUUUUAGUA